UUUGUCUUCAAGUUCACUGUGGCCAAGCAGCAGGAUCACUUUUUUCAAGCUGCCUAACUGGACGAGAGAGAUGUCUGGGUACGGGACAUCAAGAAAGAUAUUCGUUGCCUAGAUGGAGGCCAAAGGUUUGCCAGAAAAUCCACAAGGAAGUCUAUCAGAUUUUCCGAAACAAUCAACCUGAGUGCUUUGUACCUGUCAAUGAAAGAUCCUGAAAAGGGAAUAAAGCAGUUGAGCCUGGAAAAAGAUAAAAAAGUGUUCAAUCACUGCUUUACAGGCAGCUCCGUGACUGACUGUCUGGUGUCUAGCAACUCCAUCCGAAAUCGCAGAGAAGGUCUCAUGCUUGCCUCUUCCCUCCUGAGUGAAGCCUACCCACAGCUUGCAGGCGAUACAUCCCAGGCUGCUGCUGAGGGAUUGUCAGAUAUCCCCUUCGUAGAUCUCAGCGAUGCCUACCAUUACUUU